AUGGUUCAAGAGUAUACCACCGACAACUGUCUUUACUUCCGCCAGCUCACGUCCAUGUUUGUUACCCACUUUGUCAGUAACAAGCGCAGGGAAAAGACUACCGGCGAGUUGAUUUCCAUCAAGCAGGGAGACUCUAAAAGCUUGAGGGACUAUGUGGGGCGAUUCAAUGCGGAAGUCGUCACCAUCCCCAGCCUGCAACAGGAGGUAGCAGUCUUGGCCUUGUGGACGGGUCUGAAAGAAGGGACUGCCUUCAGAAGCUACCUCGGUCGCAAAAAGCUGACCAGCCUAACGGAAGUCUUAGGAAAGGCGAAUGACUUCAUCCGGGGAAAGGAGUUCGACAAGGAAGCAGCUGCUAAAAGGGCGUCAAGGGACGAGAAGGAAAUGGAGAAGGAUCGCAGGGAAGACAAGUAUCGAAAAGAUAAAAAGUAG